UGUGUGCAACACGGCAUUAUGUCCUCUAGUCCGCGGCCCCGCAGUUAGCGCGCUGCUCUUCUUAAGAUCUUGUUUUCCUGUGAAGAUCAAAGCGCCGCUCGCCUCUAGUUCAUCUCGGAUUAUUCAGACCUGCGGGAUUCAUUACGGAGCGGGACGCAGCCGGCUCGGACAAUGCUAAGCUAAGCUAGGCUAGGCUAGGCUAGUCCGGCUUCGCUUCAGCGGCUCCGCGACUGGAACGCAACAUCAUCAUCAUCAUUCUCCUCCUCCUCCUCAGUUCAGCGGCAUCUUCAUCACCUUCAUCCAGACUCGCCGCGCAACGCCGGGUAAUCAGCCUUGAGCACCAGCAGGAUGAAGACCUUCUCAAUCUCACACAAGACGGCGUUCGUGGUCGAUCACUGUCCCUACAUGGCCGAGUCCAGCAGGCAGCAGAUUGAAUGUGACAUGCUGACCAAGAGUCGAGGUCAGGGCGUGAUCCCUUUAGCUCCCGUCUCCAAAUCUCUCUGGACGUGCGCUGUGGAGUGCUCCAUGGAGUAUUUGCGUAUUCUCUAUGACAUCUACCCUGCAAGGAAACUCGUGAAUUACAUUGUUAGCGAUUCAGAAUUCCACAUCCUGAAUAGUUGGAGACAGGAGGACCAGAACAUUCAAGAGCUGAUGGGAGCGCUGGCAGCUGUAGGGCCUCCCAACCCGCGUGAGGAUCCAGAAUGCUGCAGCAUCUUGCACGGACUGGUGGCAGCAGUGGAGUCGCUCUGCAAGAUUACAGAAUACCAGCACGAGUCACGGACCACUCUGAUGGACAUGGCUGACCGAGUGGCCAACAGGGGGCGCAUCAUCUGUCUCACUAAUGCAAAAAGUGACACACACGUGCGGAUGCUGGAGGACUGUGUGCUGGAAACCAUUCAGGAGCAGAACAAGCUGGCUGCUGGAUCUGACAGACUUAUGCCCAUCCAGCAGUGUGAGCUGGUGCUCGUCCAUAUUUACCCACAAGGAGACGACACGCUGGUAUCAGACCGGCCGAAGAAGGAGAUCUCGUCUGUUCUGAGCAGUGAGGUGCACAGCGUACGCGCUGGGAGACACCUGGCCUCCAAACUCAACGUGCUGGUGCAGCAGCACUUUGACCUGGCCUCCACCACCAUCACCAACAUCCCAAUGAAGCCUACAUUAAAUGUCUGUGAGCAGGAGGAGCAACAUGCAAAUACCUCUGCUAACUACGAUGUGGAGCUUCUGCACCAUCGAGAUGCUCACAUGGAGUUCAUCAAGAGCGGUGAUCUACACAUGGCGGGCAGCACCAGCAAGGACAGUGGUCUAAAGGAGACGGUCACGCUGAAAUGGUGCACUCCACGCACUAACAGUGUAGAGUUGCAUUACUGCACCGGAGCGUUUCGGAUCUCUCCUGUGGACGUCAACAGCAGACCCUCCUCGUGCCUCACUAACUUCCUUCUGAACGGUCGUUCUGUACUUUUAGAGCAGCCCCGCAAAUCUGGGUCGAAGGUCAUCAGUCACAUGCUGAGUUGCCACGGUGGGGAGAUUUUUCUGCACAUGCUCAACAGCACCCGCUCCACGCUGGAGGAUCCGCCUUCCAUCAGUGAGGGCUGUGGGGGUCGCGUCACCGACUACCGCAUCACAGACUUCGGGGAGUUCAUGAGGGAGAACCGUCUCACUCCGUUUCCAGACAUGCCCGUAGAUGCUGCUGGUAGAGCGCCGUUUGAACGAGCCAAAGCCCAGCUGGAGCGCCACACGCGUUACUGGCCAAUGAUCAUUUCCCAAACUACCAUCUUCAACAUGCAGGCAGUGGUGCCUUUAGCAAACCUGAUAGUUAAAGAUAGUAUGACGGAGGAUGAUCUUCUGACGUGCCAGAAGACCGUGUACAAUCUAGUGGACAUGGAAAGGAAAAACGACCCUUUACCCAUUUCUACAGUGGGCUCCAGGGGCAAAGGACCUAAAAGGGAUGAGCAGUAUCGGAUCAUGUGGAACGAGCUGGAGACUCUGGUGAAAACUCACGUUGGAACCAGUGAGAGACACCAGCAAGUCCUGGAGUGCAUCAGCGCCUGCCGGAGCAAACCUCCCGAAGAGGAAGAAAGGAAAAAGCGAGGGAGAAAAAGGGAAGACAAAGAGGAUAAAACGGAGAAGAACGGUAAAGAGUCAGAGGAGAAAGGAUGGACUCCAGACUCUGAAAGACUGAAGGGGGCAAUAGAGCGAGAGAAAGAGGAACAGAGUGAAUCUGAGGUCAUCAAAGAUUCUCCUGACUCUCCAGAACCGUUCAAUAAGAAACCCCGGCUUGCCUCAGAGGAGAUUCUGUCCUUGGAGAAAUCAAAAGGCCCCGUCUCCCUGCUGAGCCUUUGGACCAGCAGAAUCACCCAAGCCAACUCCAGAAAGCACCAGGAGUUUGCUGGACGAGUCAAUUCUGUCAAUAACAAAGCAGAACUGUACCAACAUCUGAAGGACGAGAACGGGAUGGACGUACAUGAGAACGGGAAAGCUACCAGAUGAUGUGAUGGGCAGGACGUUCCCCUCUGUCUUCUGUAGGAUCAUUGAUUUCCUGAAGGGAUACGAUGAUGAUGAUGAUGUCACUUUGAAUAAAAUAUGCCAGGACAGUUGCCGUGUGGCAGGUGGAGCACGGCUGUCAGAGGAAGAGCUUUUUUAACUCACAAUUUUGUAUAAAGAAACUGAGAACAAUAAAAGGCCGACAGAGCCGAUGUGUGUUUA